AUUAUAAAUUUAAGAUAAGAUAAAGUAAAUAAGUUAAGACAGAAUUGUAUUGAUCCCAAAGGAAAUUCUGGCGUCAGAUGUUACUUAGAAUAAAUGACAACAUGAGAAUAAAUACAGCACCUAAUAAAAAUGCAAUAAGAUACUGAAAACUGUGACUAAACAAUUCAUGCUUGAUCUUACAACAGCGCCACAAGCCCAUUGACUCCUUAAUGUGGCUGAAAGUGGAACUGCAAGAUCUGUCCCAUUUCUCUAAUGAUGUCUUUACUCUGAAAAUGAUUGGAUGUGUGACCAUUGUUGGUCCAUUUUUUUUUCUAUAAUUCAUUUAUAUUAAUUAAAUGGAUGGAAAAGAGGCAGUACCCUAUUUUCACUGGGUGCCAGUUAAUCAGAUCAGUGGCCUGCUGGAGUCAGGAAACAAUUAACUUAUAAAGUCUGAAAGCACGCCAGCCUGGCUUUGCUCCAAAUUCAAAACUGUACUUCUCCUAUUCUAUACUUCUUCUACUAUUCUUGACUUGCAAAGCUGAUCAGUGUCUUCUUGAUUGUUUAAUCCACACAAAAACAGAAAUAUAAAACAUUUCAGUAUGGGCAAUUUUUGGAACUAUUUGGUGACAAACGGCUUUUGUGGUGAUGCUCCACUGAUGACAUUCUAAACACCAAAUACUGUGUUGAACCACACCCAGGUGUGGUCAGAGGUUCAGGAGACUUGCUACGUUUCAACACAGUAAAUUUUUCCUUUUAACGCAGCUAAAUUCUCACAUAGAGUGGAGUUACUCCAAAAACUACACUUUUAAUGGACUUCUGGGUGUGUGAUUUCAGAGUUUGGUCAAGUUUUUCUAAUUUUCCUACCUGUGCAUGUAUACCGAUUAGUCAUGACAUUAGAACCACUGACCGAUGAAGUGAAUAACAUUGAUCCAUUUGUCACAAUGCAUUGUUCAGCUGGGAAACCUUAGGUCCUGCCAUUCACGUGGAUAUUACCUUGAUACAGAGCAAACACCUAAAUACUGUCGCAGAUCAAGCACACCCCUCAUGGCAACAGCAGUAUCGGUUGUCCCCAGGAGGACAAUGCAUCCUGCCACACCUUGAAACUGAUCUGGAACAGCGCGAGGAGCAUGAUGAAGAGCCCACUUCCAGAUUCUCAUCCAAUUGAGCAGCUGUGGGAAGACGCCUGAUUUAUGGAGGCCCACACUGCAACCCACAGGACCCAAAGGAUCCACUGCUAACAUCCUGGUGCCCCAAAGGCCCAGACAUGUUCUGGCACCAGCAGGGGCCUCACAUGAUACAAUAUUAAGCAGAAGGUUUAGUAAUGUGGCAGUGUAAAUCUGAUAUUAAACAUAAUUGUGCAGAUCUAUCAAUUGUGCAAUAUUAUCCAGCUUUUUCACAGUAAAAUAUUGACAAUGCACCUUCUUGCUUCUUAUCGUUCGUAAGAUUUGGUGAGAUUUCUGGUAAAGUUAUGAUCCCAGAAAGACAUGUAUCUGUAACUGACAGUUAAUAUUUAAAAGAAAAAGCAAAGCAGCAGUUUGUCUCUGGGGUUUAGGUGAGAAAGUGGGAGAGUUUUAGGUUUCACAUGUCUGACAGAGAGGCUGUAAAUCUUGGUGUUAAUCUGCCUCUGCGUGCAGGAGAGAGAGAGAAGCUGCAUCUGACCACACUGCUCAGCACGACUUCCUCAAGUGUGAUGAAUGAGUCGGGUACUUUUAAAGAACAGCCAACCACAAACAUUCAGCAUAUAUAUUAGUAAUAUAGAGGAGAAAACGUGUCUCAUUUACCAGUUAGCACUCCUAGAUGGUUGAAUAGCAAUAUGACAUACUGUUAAAAUAGCCAACAAGUGUGUCUAUUACCGUCACUAGUCUACAGAUGUAGAUAUUUUAGUCUUGAUGGUGUGAUGUUGAGUGGCUCUUUUUAUUCCUUCGCAGCAACUUGUGCACUCUUUAAUCCACAUAAGCUCAUGAGUCUUCUCUAAAUCCAUCCAAUCUGUUGUGUGUCUAUACUUAACAGCCCUACUCAACAAAUCUGGGUCAAUAGAAGGUAUGGUAAAGCUACGGUUGCUGCAUGUGAAGAGCAAAAUAACCAUCGCAUUGGUUUAAAAUCAGCCUGAUUAGGUCAGAUUCUGGCUUGGCAACAUCUACUCAUCACGGAGGAGUGAGAUGGAAUGAAGCAAAAGUGGACAAAAGCUGGAAGACGUGACAAAGUUUGAGGAUUUUAACCGAGAUAAUGGAACUCCAAGGCCAAGUGACGAGCGACUGGAGCUGUUAUUUUUGCAAUCAGCCACCGGUGGAGUUUGACACGAGCGUAAACCAUCUUUUCUGCAGUAAGUUGAGUAGCAGCUGUGUGCAGCUGGAGGGCAGUUCAGACGCAUACUGCAACAUCUGGACUGAUGCUGAACCAACAAGAUUCAAGAGUUGUAAUAAUCGGUCAUUUGCCAUGGAUGCUAGAAUAAGACUGGACAAUCUGAAGGCUGGAUGUAAUUCACUGUCACCUUGUUGUGCCUCAGACAGAGUGUUGUACAGUUUUAGAGGUGAAAAAGACCUCAUGGACAGUGAGGAGACACAGGAGGAACAGUCUGCUUUGGACUUGGUAGAGAUCCUUGAUAUAGAGGACGAUGUUCAGGAUGAAGAGAGCUGGUUAUAUGAGUCUCCAAAGAAGCAGUCAAUUGUGGAGAAUAAGGAGUCUGCUCUCAGAUGGUGUCGACACGUCUUUGAUAACCCCAGUCCUGAGAUGGAGGCUGCAUGUCGUGUACUGAUGAACGUGCUGGAUCAAAGAACAAGCCAUCCCUUCUACCGACGUCCUGCAGUUUUACAUCAUGCUGCCAGUGUCUCUGAGGACUCCUCAUCUAUCAGCACAACACACAACACUUCUGACAUUUUAGAUCACAAUGAGCUGAAUAUCCUCAAUGACUCCAUAACCACAAGCUACAGACUCCAGGACAUUACAGAUGUCCACAUUAUGGCCCGGAUACAGGAAGCCAGUUUACGUCAGGACUACAUUUCCAUGCCUGCCACUGCUUCACCUAAAAGGAGCACCGAGUCUCCAGUGAUGUUUUCUUCUGGUUUUAACACCACAGCUGAAAAGACUGACGACUUUACUCCACGACAUAAAACCGAGGCUUCACCUUCCCCUUGCUGGCAGUCCGGUGUACCGUCGCACAGCUCUUCCCCCUACCAGUCAGCAGCCACAGCGGCUAUGCAGGGCUGCCAAAGUCCCAGACUGACCAGACUUCACCAGCAAGUCACCCAGUUCAAGCUGCUGAAACUGGCUCAGAAUCAAGCAUCACCAGGCAGGACAAGGUCACCUCUGCGGACCAGCCUCCGUUCCCUGCAGGCUGUCAGGAACAGCAGAAGCCUGGAGACAGAUGACUCCCAACCUGCUGACCAAAUCACUCACCCUUCAACAGGUACCUCAUCGACCAGAAUGGGGUCAAGCUACUGGUCUACAUCACGCUCUCCUGCACCUCUGAAUACCAAAAACUCAAUGAGAGACUCAUCAGUGCGGACGGCAGUCAUCAAGAAACUGCAAAGAUCUCAGUCUCUGAGCCCCUGCAGGAUCCCUCACCCUGCCAAGGGAUACCUGUCCGUUCACAGACAAGUUUUUGCCUCACCAGAGAGGCCGGCCAGUGCAGCUUGGUCGAGAAAUUUACCAUCCAUUCGUAGGUGAAAGACUUCAUCAGUAGAGUAACACUGAGGGAGAAUGAAAACAUAAAUAGCUUGUAAUGAUUUGCUCAUAUGGUUGACAAGCCUGCAUAUUUACAGAACUAUCUCUAGAUUGUAAACAAAUUAGUGCUUGUAUUAGAAACUUUUAUGUUGUGGUAUGUUGUUCUGGGCAGAGAUAAUGUACGUGCUGUGUCUGCAUGAAGUUUUUAUAUUGGGUCACAUUCCACCGAAACAACCUGAAGGAAGGAAUGCAAGAAUGUGCACGACAAUGCUGUGAGCAAAACCUGACAGGAGCAACUAAAGUGCUCAGGUUGUGUUGUUCUAAAGACUUAAAUCAUGUUGACUGUUGUAAAAAUACAGUGUUCAAGUUAAAUGAAUGUAGAAAUGUCAGGAUGAUACUGACAAAUUCACCCAUCUGAGACCUCCUCAAAAUAAUUAAAGUGAAUCAAACAAGCUGUAUUCUAAGUAGUUUUGCGAGUAUGCUGCCAUGCAUGCUGCAUGAGAUUAAUUAAUUGCUGACAUUGAACAGUUUAUGCUUGAAUAGGAAGUGAUUCAUAUAGAAUUUAUGACUGAUUUGAGUGUGGAAGUACAGUCAAACUUCACUUUAGUGUGGGCGACUACAGAAUGAGCUACCUUCUGCAGAGCUGUCGCAACAGGAAGUGAGCAGUUUGCCAUCAUGUUAGAGAAGCUAAAUAGGUGAAGUCUGCAUAAAAGGAAGUGUCAUUACUAGGAAACAGAGGUGUGGGUUUGGUGUGGCUCUUUCUUAAAAGGUAUUAAAUGUCAUAUAAUACUUCAGUGGUGGCCACAUUUUGUUGAUGUUUUUGUGUUGACAACUGUAUUUCUUUUACACUUUUCAAGACCACUUGAAUACACCUUAAAGACCAAUCUGAGUGCAUCUAAUAGUCCUUGAAUCAUCUGCUGAGGGGAUUAGAAAGCACAAAUCUAGAACUCUCAGGGAAGCUGCACUUCUUCUGUGUUCUAGCAUGUCACCUGAAGCCCAGUGCUGUUUACACUGCUGUGGUUCUUAACCUUUCUUUCAUUAAUAACAAAUCUAUUGACAGUCCACUUCUGUUCAUAUUU